CGUGCGCGCCCCCACUCCCUCCGGCCUCGCCACGCUCGCCCCGCGGGUGACGCCUGCAACCCUUCCGCCGAGCCACUUGCAUGCCCGCCCACCCGUGCACGCUGUCCGGCCGGGCGUGCACUCCCCGUUCGCCACGCGAGGCCUGGUGUCCCCGUGCUAUGCCGUCGUCGUUUCCCCUUCGCUCCAGCCCCUCUGGCUUCUUGUGUCCGUAUGCUGGCUCCGUGCAACCCCGGAGCUUCCGAGGGAAGGCCUGGGUGCUGCAACGACGCUGCUUCUACCCUCAGCGUGUUUGUUGCAUGGCUAUUCCGCUUGUCUCUUAUAGCUGGCUACCACAUCAUUGCUCAGUUGACAGGGCAAGUGGGACUGGCUUGCCUGAAUGUUCCUGUUUGUGGUCCUUUGGGUGGUAUGGCUGCUCAAAGUUUCCCAUCUUCUAGGCCUCCUUACCCCUGACUGUGGACAUCCUCUCUGGGUUUCCUUUUUUUCUUCUUCUUCUUCAUGAAGACGUAUCAACUGGAGAAGCAGAGACUUCUCCAAACCACAGACACUUGACUUGUGUUCCCAUGGAUGAAGGAUAAGUGCGAGCACAAGGCCCGAGGGAGUGUAGACUUGGUUAUGGAAAUAAUGUAUCUUCCUCGUUCUUCUGUGAUGUUUCAAAGCCAUUGACUUCUCGUAUGGUUUUCCAGGGUGUGAUAAUGGUGAUUACUGUCUCAGAUGAGUGGUCCUUUGGGUCCUGGGUGCUUUGGGAUGGUGCAGCAGCCUCUGCCAAGAAGUUGGAUGUGGCCGACGUUAGCUGGUUGGCUCUGUUUAUGUGCUGUUUGUUUGGGAUCUGCUCUCUUUCGGUGGCUUGCUCUCUGCCUUCUCACCGUUUCUUUGUGAGUCCCUACACUGAGAGCAAACAGAGGAAGUGAAAAGACCUGAGGUGCUGACUCCACCAGCCACAAGUUUAGAAUGGGGGUGGGUGGGGGGAGGAUAACGGGUCGGGUCUCCUUCGGAUUUCAUUCUUUAGGCUCCAUGACUUUUCUGAACACUUGAAAUUGUCUACAAGACCAAACAAUGACCCAGGGACCCAGGGUCAGGGAGACUUCAUUUUCUCUUGCUUUGGUAGAAGACCUAGAGGGUCCUUUGGCUAGAGAUUGAGGGACAGCCACCUACACCAGCGUAGAUCUCCACGUCUUAGAGAAGAGCGCAUGUGUUUGUGAGGUCCUCUCAGGCCUCUUAGUCUUGGGCACAUUCCCCUUUUCCAUGGAAUCCCUGGGCUUAAUGAGUGUCCUGGCCGGGAAGUGGGAUGCCCGGACCUCUAAAGGAGCUGGACAUCAACAGUGAGCAGAGCUUGCUCCUCUUGCUUCGGGGGUCAUCUGACAUUCCCAGGGAAACUGGGUCAGCAAAUUGUGAACCCUGCAUCCCUUUCUGGGAGUCACUCCUUGAUUUUGUUUGACAUCUGGCCUCUCACUAGAAAGCAUCCUGUAGCAAAAGCCUGAAGGUGGGUAACUUCAUUUCACUCCGGAGACCGAACAGAGCCUUUGGCUCGGGGGUAGCUUGCCUAUGCUUGCCGUGAAGAUACAGUUCCUUGUCCAGCACCAAGAGGCUCUGUUGGUUAGUGGCGGUUCUUGAGUGACAGGCCUUUUGUUCCUUUUACUCUCUCAGCCAUGACCAAGCAUCUCAACUUGAAUAUAUACUGGGGAAAGGUGUGUGUGUGUGCACACGCGCACACUCACUGGGCAUGCCGGUUCCUGGGAUUGUAUAUGGUAUUUGGAUGGUAUUUGGUUUUCUCAUGGGCAAGCAAUAAGUCUGCGAAGACCUGGGCAUCUGAUGGAAAACUGAGGGCAAGAGAGCAUGGUGGUUACUGUUGCCCUUUGCUAACUUGAAGGAAGUUUGGUGGGCUAGCUGGAAAAGCCCUGACUUUCCAGGAUCCACAGGGAUCUGCAUACAGGUGGGAGGAGGACCUGGAGCACCACUGCCCUGUAUGGGUGAGCUUUGAAGGUUAGGUAGUUAGUGAGUUAGCUGGCUUGCUUCCUUCUGUUCUACCAUAAGGUGUCGAGGUGCCCUGUGAGAUAUGUGUGCCCAGAAGGCCAUAACAUCUUGCCGUUUCUCCAGGGCAUCAGGGCCCAGUUGCUCCUGGCGGGUGGCUGGCCUCCCUCGAGGGUUCCCUUUCUUCAGAAGUGCCCUGUUACACCUCUUUGCCACUUAAGAUUUCAGAUACCACCUUCCCUUCAGUCCUUCGGGGUCUCAGUGUUUAAAGCCUUCAGUCAUGCUGGUCUAGAGCUAAGAUGGCAUAUUGGAUGGGAAUGCCCAUGUCUUCAGCAAAAGCCAGCUACCUUCUCAUGAGCUAGUUGCUUUCUUUACUUCUGAGUGGAAAAGAGAAACCUUUAAAAGAAAAAAAAAGAAAAAAAAAAAGCUGGGCAGUGGUGGCGCACGCCUUUAAUCUCAGCACUUGGGAGGCAGAGGCAGGCAGAUUUCGGAGUUCGAGGCUAGCCUGGUCUACAAAGUGAGUUCCAGGACAGCCAGGGCUACACAGAGAAACCCUGUCUCGAAAACAAACAGUCAAUCAAUCAAUCAAUAAAAAGAACUGGCUUGUUUUUGCUUUGAGAGAGGCAUUUGAACUCAGUGUAAUUAAGGGAGUCCCUGGAUAAGACAUUCAGCCCCUUGUGUCCCUCAGUGGAGGCAAAGAGGGUAGAGAGGAUGUUAGACCCGACAGAGGAGGACUAGUGAGGAAAGAAAAAGUCACCUGGGGUCUCAGCGGAUGAAGCUUGGGUACUUCAGAGGGUCUGGGUUCUCUCUGAAGGAAUGCAGCACUGGAAGGCCUCCCCGUCUGGUGGUUGUGGGUCCCUUUAGGAACCACAUAGACGUGGCACAUCAUGAGGAAGAGUGGUGGCAGUUGAUGGUAACUCUGUAUUUACUCUUUUGAGAAACCGCCAGCUCUUCCCCGGAGUGGCUAUACCGGCUAUACCGUUGUGCGUUUCCGCCAGCAGCCUGUGACGCGGUUACUCCAGAUCCUUGCUCCCCUUCUUUUUUAGCAUAGGCAUUCCAGUGGGCAACAGUAUCUCCUUGUGAUUUUUUUUUUUUGAUUUGCAUUUCUCUGGUAACUCAUGUUGUUAAGCAUCCUUCCAUUUGUGCUGGCCAUUGUACAUUUUCUUUGGAGAAUGUCUAUUAAACCCUUUGUGCAUUUAAAAACAAAUUGUGAUUAUUUGUUAGUUCAUUUAUGUAUUUGUUGGCUUGUUUGUUUUUUGUGGUCCUGCGAUAUGAACCCAGAGCCUUGUACCUUCCAGGCAAGCACUUCUUUUUUUUCUCUCUCCUUUUCUUUUUUUCUUUCUCUCUCUCUCUCUCUUUUUCUCUCUCUCCCUCUCUUUCUUUCUUUCUCUUUUUUAUUUAUGCAUAUGAGUAUCCUGUAGCUGUCUUCAGACACACCAGAAGAGGGCAUCAGAUCUCAUUACAUAUGGUUGUGAGCCACCAUGUGGUUGCUGGGAUUUGAACUCAGGACCUCUGGAAGAGCAGUCAGUGCUCUUAACUGCUGCGCCAUCUCUCCAGCCCAUCCUUUUCUUUUUCUUUUCUAACUUUAAGAUAUAGUGUCAUACCAGGCAUCUGAAGAAAAAGAACCUUCAAGUAAGGCUAGCCGCCCCCCAGGAGCAAUGGAGUCCUGAUUCCCUGGUUCAAGCUGGCCUCUAAAACUCAGCAUGACCUUGAACUCCUGAAACUCUUGCCUCUACCUUCUGAGUGCUCGAUUUACAUUGGUAUAUCUGUUGCUACUCUCAGUUUUAUGCAGUGCUGGGUGUCAUGCCCUAGAGCCCUGUAGGUAUAUGCCAGGCAUCCUCUACCUACUGAGUUACAUCCUUAGCCCCCUAUCCACUUUUUUUUUUUUUUUUUUAAUGAAGUCUCAUUAAGUUGCACAGGGUGGCCAAAACUUCUUCUGUAUCCCAGGCAGGCCCUGGGUUUGCAGUCUUCCUAAGCAGCUGGGAAGUCCCCGCCUCCACAGGGCCCAGUCUCUUUUCUUUUGAGCCAGGAUCUUUCUCGCUCGCUGUCUGGCAUGCAGUCUUCCUGCUUCCUCCUCCCCGGUGCGGAAGUGUGAGCCACCGUGCCCAGCCUGGGUUGUUACUCAGCUUCCUUAGCCCCUGUAUUAUUUAUGCUCAUGGCUCCUGGAGUUAAUCAUGUGGAUAAUCCAAAAACCAUUUACAUGAGGAGAUGCAACAGACUUGCCUUCCAGUGUGGUGUGCUGAGCCUGGCAUUCCAGUGGGUCUGUGUCCCACGAUGCGCUGGUUGCUUUGAAAGGGGGAAGAGAUAGGCUCAGGACCGUGUGGAUAAUAAAGCAAGCGCACAUCUCCUGGGACCUCUUCGGUCACAAAACUUUAAGUUCCCCCUGUCUGCCAAGUACAAUUUAUUUUUCUCUUUCUGGUAUGUGAGGCUUCAGAGUACGGCCAUAGCCUCAACAGCUAAGCUUAACCUUUCCCAUCCUCCAGACAGGGAGAUUUGGUACAGUUACAGGACAGUUACAAGACAGUUGCUUGUCUCCCUGGGUUUUUCUUUCUGCUCACCUUCAUCCUUUAGACACCCCCCCCCCCCAACUCCUGCCUUUCCCCUCCCCCUGCUCAUUUAUCCUUCAGCCUUAACAUUUAUCGAGCAGCCUUUGGUUCCCAUCAUGUGCUAAGGGUUCUCAGCCAAGGGGAGAAAUCAGACAUGGAAAGAAAUAAUUACCUGGCCUACGAGGCGGCUCUGCUGCAGGUAAAGGCGUCUGCUACCAAGCCUGACCAUGGGCGUUCAGUUCCUGGGACUCAACGUAGUGGAGGGAAGAGGAAAAAUGGCUCCUGUUAGUUGUCCUCUGACCUACACACGUGUGCCUUGGGACCCAUGAUAAACAAACAAAUAAACAAUAAAUAAACAAAUUUACCCUGGAUGUGAUACUUAGCUUAUAAAGAUGCACACAGGCCUGAGUAGUUAAUUCGCCCUGGGGGAAGCAGGGAGCCUCUGAGACAGGACUAUCAUUCAGCCAGAUCUUGGCUUAUUCUCUGGGCUUUCAUCCUUUCCAUUCUUUUUACCUAAGUACUUGUUUUUCUUUUAUGUUUUGCCUGCCUGUAAUACCCGCAGAGGCCAGGAGAGGGUGUCAGAGGUUCUGGGAUUGAAGUUUCAGACUUGAGUGCUGGGAACUGAACCUGAGUUCCCUGUAAGAGCAACAAGUGCUUUUUAACCAUCUCUCUAACCCUGGGUCCUCUCCAUCCUUAUUGGGCUGCUCUGUCAUCUGAACUGUUCAAUGGGCCCAUAAAGGAUCUUCCUGCGCACUCACCCAGGCACACGUGCACACUGACUACAAUCUUACAAAGCGCCCACCUGGGAUUUAGUCAAUACAGCAACUGUUAACUUUUUCAGUUAAUCUUUGUACUUGUAUUGGGUGUUGCACUCAGAACCUUGGUAUUCUAGGUAAGUGCUCUGCUACUGAGCUGCACUGCCAGCCUCUUCAUUUUAUUUUCUUUACUUAAAAUAGUAAUUUAUCAUGUAUCCAGUGUUCUGCCUGCAUGUAUGCCUGCAGGCCGGAAGAGGGCGCCAGAUCUCAUUCGAGAUGGUUAUAAUGUUGCUGGGAAUUGAACUUAAGACCUCUGGAAGACGUCUUAAUCACUGAGCCAUCUCUUCAGCCUUGUUUGUCUGUUUGUUUGUCUGUCCUGCCACCUCAGCUCCUCACCGUUUUAUUCUAAGACAUUCAUUUAUUUAUUUAUGAUCCUGUGGGUGUGGUCUCGUGGGUGGAGGUUAGAGGACAACUUUUAGGAGUCUGUUUUUCCAUCCAGCCCGAGGGUUCUUGGGAUGGGACUCAGGCUAUCAGACUUGGUAACAGACGUCCAACUUCAGCCCACCCACUUCCCACACCUCUUUUUAAACCCUUUGAGAGUCUUCUUUCUCUUCCUUCCUUUUUUCCUUUUUGUUUGUUUGUUUUUGUUUUUGUUUGAGACAGGGUUUCACUGUGUAGCCCUGGCUGUCCUGGAACUCACGCUGUAGACCAGGCUGGCCUCGAACUCACUGAGCUCUGUCUGCCUCCUGAGAUUAGAGACCUGUUUUUCAAAACUGCCAACACUGGCCUUGAACUUGCUUGGAAGCCCAGUGCAGGCUGGUCUUGAACUCAUGAUCCCCUCCAGUUUUGGUCUUCUAAAUGGCCAGGACUAUAGGCCUGCACCACCAGGUCCAGUCAGUUGGUAUUUACUAAUGACUAUUCACCGAAUGCUGGAUCAUUUACCUGUCUCUGUGGUAUCACCUGUGCGCCCCCCCCCCCCUUACCUCUGAACUGUACCUCCCACAUUUUCCUGCACACACUCUUAAUGCUCCAGAAACCGGCACGGUAUCUUGCAACCAGGCCGGGUCUUGGCUCUGGCUAUCCCUAGACUUUUUUCAGAUGCCUUUCUCCGGCACUUGCCCUAGCCACCGGCGCUCUCUCUUUCCCACUGCUAGACAGAGUUAGCUGUCCCUGGGCCUGCUCUUUCAUCUCCCGUUAUACGUAACACAGUUCCAAUGUUCAUCACAUUGCUUUUGUAACCCGGCUGUCUUCCCAGCCAAAUGGAAAAGAUGUCUUUUUGUUUGUAUAUCCCGAGCUUCUGGCACACUCCUGGCCUAAAGUCAAUGGAGUUUGGCAGAGACUAGGCCAGAUCUGGAAAGGUAUUGAAUGCCAGGCUAAGGAGUUAAAACUUUGCCCUAGGGUUGGUGAGGAACCAUGGAAGAUUUUUAAGCAGAGAUGUAACAUGAUCUUAUUGUAGAGUCUUCCAGUGUCAAGUGUUCUUGGCAGUGCUGGGAGAGGCUUAAGUUCCUGGUCUCUAGCCUGAUGUAAGAGGGCCAAGGAUCUUAGAACCUCUGCUCAUGUCUCUCCAUGUUCCCACUUGAGUGUGUGCUCCCCGAGAGUCCAGAUGUGGGGUUUGUUUCAUGAUCCCCAUAAGAGCAUGAGUGUCUUAUUUCUUUUGUAUAUACAACAUCUCCCUCCCCUCCCCCCUCCUCCCACACAUAUACCCAACAUAGACAGAUGCAUAUAGUAGCUAUUUCAAUAAGUACUGUUCAACUGAAAUCCAAUCGAGCUCUCUGGGGAUAUAAAAUUUAGUACAACUAAGAGGAGAAAAGUACUUCUGGUCUCCAGAGUGAGUCACCAUCUGUAUCCGUGGCUCCACGGAAACCAAAGAUCAAUGAGCUGAGCAAUGUCCCUGUUCCUGUCAUGCUAAUGCCGGAUGACUUCAAAGCUUACAGCAAGAUCAAGGUGGACAAUCAUCUCUUCAAUAAGGAAAACCUCCCCAGCCGCUUCAAGUUCAAGGAGUACUGCCCCAUGGUGUUCCGAAACCUCAGGGAGAGGUUCGGCAUCGAUGACCAGGACUACCAGAAUUCAGUGACACGCAGUGCACCUAUCAACAGUGACAGCCAGGGCAGGUGUGGCACUCGCUUCCUCACCACCUAUGACCGGCGUUUCGUCAUCAAGACUGUGUCAAGUGAGGAUGUGGCCGAGAUGCACAACAUCCUAAAGAAAUACCACCAGUUCAUAGUGGAAUGUCACGGCAAUACCCUCUUGCCACAGUUCCUGGGCAUGUACCGCCUGACCGUGGAUGGGGUGGAAACCUACAUGGUGGUCACCAGGAAUGUAUUCAGUCAUCGGCUUACUGUGCAUCGCAAAUACGACCUGAAGGGUUCCACUGUUGCCAGAGAAGCCAGUGACAAGGAAAAGGCUAAGGACUUGCCAACUUUCAAAGAUAAUGACUUCCUCAACGAAGGGCAGAAGCUGCACGUGGGAGAAGAGAGCAAAAAGAACUUCCUGGAAAAACUGAAGCGGGACGUUGAGUUCCUGGCCCAGCUGAAGAUCAUGGAUUACAGUCUCCUGGUGGGCAUCCACGACGUGGACCGGGCAGAGCAGGAGGAGAUGGAGGUGGAAGAGCGAGCGGAGGAGGAGGAAUGCGAGAAUGAUGGGGUGGGUGGCAGCCUGCUCUGCUCCUAUGGCACGCCUCCAGACAGCCCUGGCAACCUCCUGAGCUUCCCCCGGUUCUUCGGCCCAGGAGAGUUCGACCCCUCUGUGGACGUCUAUGCCAUGAAAAGCCAUGAAAGUGCCCCUAAGAAGGAGGUCUAUUUCAUGGCCAUCAUUGACAUCCUCACACCCUAUGACGCUAAGAAGAAAGCUGCACACGCCGCCAAAACGGUGAAACAUGGGGCAGGGGCUGAGAUCUCCACUGUGAACCCGGAGCAGUACUCAAAACGCUUCAACGAGUUCAUGUCCAACAUCCUGACGUAAUCAUCUCUGCCUUCUGCCAGAGCCAGACUGCUGGACCAGGGGUCGGGGAUCGGGAGAGGGAGAGGGUAUAUCUGGGCCGGGAGGGUGGGGAGCAGAGUGGGGGCUUGCGAGGGCUUUAGUUAAGGGACUGCAGCCUGUGACCUGAAGGAAGAAGGGGACGGGCUGUUUGCACGUGCUCACAGGAUGCAGCCUUACUUCCCGAGCACCCUCGAUCCGCCUCUUUUGCCCCUGGUUAAAACAGGGUUUCCUCUUCGGUAUCUCCGUAACCUAUGAUACCCGGGAGCUGGAGUUGACUUUGUGGGUUUCUUUGGGUUUGUUUCUUCAAUUCACUGCUCCAGGAUUGCUCUUUCUAAUGCUGUAUGUCAUCACCCUCGGGGCCCUCCCUCUUCCUGUCAGGCUCUCAGUUCCCUUCAGUUCAGGCCAGCACAAGGGACGAGAAGAGCAGUUGCUCAGACACCUCAGUCAGCCACGGUUUGUUCUCACCUAGAUGGACUCUUUUAUUUCCUGGAGUAUUGUGCAUCACCCCUCCCCCCCUCAUGCUUCCACCUUGGAGCCAAGUGAAACCUUGGCUCCCUCACCCCAUCCUCACAGAAGAACAUGGCAGGUUGACCCUGACGCCUUGGACCGGAGUCAGAGGCCUCAGAGGGGAACAGGUUCGUCUUCAUGAGACGGUGAAUGACCAGGAAGCAGCCCUCAGACAGCCGGUUCUCAAAGAACCCAGAGAUCACCACCCCGGCCACCUGCGCCUCUGAGUGGAAUUCUGAUGUCUGUCAAGGCCGCCACCCACCGGCUCCAGAGGAACUAUCAAGCAUCGUGGCAUUUAUUGGGGCCCCUGUGUUUCGAUGACUGUUUCCCUUUGGGAAAAUCCCAGAAACUAAGAUGUGUAAACCGGGCCCGUAUGCACCCUCCAUAUCCUAACUACUGACCUCUGGGUGCAGUCGCCUGUAACUGGCAAAUGGUCAAUGCAGAGCUCAUCGCAGAGCUGCCACUCCAAGCCUGGCCCGCCGUGCAGGUGUGUCUGGCUCCUGUGCCUGUGACUUCUCACCUGGACAGCUUUAGCCAGCAAGGUGCUCCACCUGAGGUUGCCUGAGUCACCUGAGGAGGUGACCCCAGGAAAGCCUGUUUGUUUGGAGGCCUGACACGGGGCUUUGCCCAUCCCCCAGCCCCAGGGCUGACGGAUUUUCCUUGUCACCCUCACUCUUUCUGGACUUGGGAUCUGCCCCCGGUCCUCCUUGGAAAGAGUGACAGCCCGCAGCCUCCUUCAGGAUUCUGGCCCAGGGCCUCAGAAGGGAGCUACACAAGUCAUUCUGAUGCCACCAGAGCAAGUGGUUGCCAGGAAGAAAAACAAAACGGUCUCGCCGGCCUGCCCUUGGAGGAGGUAAACUCCCUACCUCUUCCCAGCUCCCUCAGGAGGAAUCCGGAAUUUAGGAUGAGAUGGAUUUUUGUAGAUAACCCCAAAGAUGUGAAGCUGGUUUGUGAAGCUGUCGUGGGUGAAUAGAUGAUUCCCAACGCCUGCCCCCCAAACUGGCCCAGCUCAGCUUGGGGAGCUGGGGAGUGGCCACUGUGCCGUGUCCUCCCUAUCCCUGCACUGAACUAAGACAGGAAAAGCAAGAUGGCAGUCUUGGGCUUCUCUGGGGCUGCCAAUUGGGUGAGGCAGGUGGGGGCCCACUCCUUCCCAGGAAGAGAACCAGGUAAGGUUCUGGUGGGCAGAACCACGGGGGACUUGGGGAAGGACUCAGAAACCAUGUGAUUCGAGGAGAAAGGAUUUUAAUGUAGGAGAGGGGUUACGUAGGAAUAAUGUCUGGACUUGAUUUCUCACCUCACAAUCAAGAGUAAGGACUCUGGAUCUGCCCCAGGCUUGGAAGUCGAAGCUCCUGGCUGAUCCUGUUGUGUGUUUGCAGCCGGCUAACUGGGUUAACGGUGGGAUUUGGGGGGGGGGUUAUUUCGUUUCGUUGUAUAUUGUUUACAAUUUUGAGAGGUAGCUUUCUGUUUCAAGCUCUCUGUUUUCCUGACAGUAUUGUUGAGUGGGUCAAAAUAUUCAAGCUGUGGUUUGGUGGAUUUUAGGUUUGUUGUUUUUUUGUUUUGUUUUGUUUUGUUUUUUAGGUCAUUCUCUGCGCCAUCUUCAAAACCCUGAGGUUUGACUUUCUGAUUCCUUGGCAUUCAUUCGUGUGUUUAAAAGCUAUUUAUCUUCAUUUCAGACAAGUUUUCUUUCUCUUUGUGACAAAGAUGUGCUAUUUGGCUUCAAUCUCCACAUAACCCCCUCCCCCCAUUUAUCUGCUCCCCUCUUCCUGAGUCCCACCAGUCACGCUCUGGGCAGCAGGUGCCAAGGGGAAGACAAGACCCUUAGCUUGACUCCUCAGGGCCGUGAAGAACAGCCAGACUGUCUUAUGGCAUCCAGAAUCAUGUUGGGUCUUCCAGAAAUAGACAUUUAAGAAUAGAGUCCUGGACAACUGGGUGAGGUCUGGAUGCGGGGAAAGGGGGGGAUUCCAUUCCCAGGCCCUUACCCUCCCGAUUACUGUGUGGCAGCCAGUCCCCAUUCCUUCUGUGGAAACUGUGGAACUGAGAAAAUAUGUCUCGCAUCCAGCUGACACAAGGGAUACUAUGAACACUCUGACACCAAGCAGUGGCCUCAGGCCGUGUUCCCAGUCUGCAGGGCAGCGCCAGGAGUGCGGUUCAGUUCCGCUGCAGUGCUAAAUCCUUAUCUAGCUCAGGGGUUACUGGUCUGUGGCUGGCGCCAUGAGUGGCCCCCAGGCUGUUCUCAGUGGCACUAUAGUCCCCCACCCCACCCCCAGGCAGCUGUCCCCCUCCUUACCCCCCUCCCCCCAAAAUCACUUUUCUCAGUCCUGGGCUUUAGGCCUGAACAGGUCCCCUAGCAGUGCUCAAGGGAGGAGAGACUGGACUCCUGUCGAGACUUCCCCCCUUCACCAUGUGCCAGGCCUCCCUGGGGAGGUGGACCAAAGACCCAGGACUUUCUCAGUAGCCAGUCCCCCACCCCACCCCACCCCAACCCCAGUUGUCUUUUUAACAAUUCAGGUUGAGAGGGAAAAACCAUUAGCUGUUUCUAGUGCUUGACCGACUCAAGUAUUUCGGGCAGAAAGGACAGUGCACCGAGACAGCCCUCAGAGCUCUGGCCUUGUGGUUUCCCAAGUUUAGAGACCUCACCAGCAGUAAUGGCCGGUGGGGUGGGGGUAGGGGGUCUCAAAGGGAAACACAUUUAGACAGCUAGCCAAAAUCUGCCAGCCGUGGUCCCAGUCCUCUGAAGUGUGCCACUUAGGAUGAGUGUCACCAAGGGGAAGUGAGACGUAGCUGUCCUUCAGGUUGAGUCACCAGGAAAGAGGCUGAGGACACCCGAAGAGCCUGUCCCUUGCCCACAGCCAUUUUUCAAGGUGGGAGCCCAUACAUUUAGGGGGACCAUCUGCUUAGCACAUCUCAGCGGCUGGUCAGAACAUUGCACACACGAAAUGUGAAUGAAAUCUAGAGUCAUCUUUGGGCCCGCAGGAUUAAAGUUCUACCCACCACAUGUGACUUGUCCAUUUCCGGCUGCAAGCUCCAUUUUUUUAAAAAUAGGAAUUUUCACCCCUGUGCUUGUCUAAUGUCUGCUCUGAACAGUUCGAGCCUCUGUUACUGUUUUAAAAUGCAUGCAUGUUAAAAAAGAAUCUCCAAAUGGGAGGACAAAAUAAAACUCGAAAAGCUUUGUGUA